AUGAAGCCGUCGUUAAACGACGCUUGGCAAGGGAUACUCAUCGGGUCUGUAUUCAGCAUAACGUGGACGGUGGCGGGAGCGGCUCGCUCCACACACAACCCGACAUCUCUAUCCUCCUCGCCGGAGGCUGCGCAACCCCUUCUGCGCAUUUCCCCCCCAGCUCUCUCGUAUGCUGACAUCGGCGAAAUCUACGACAACAAGCUCUCCGACAAUCUGGGGAAAGCAGAACGAUCGCAGAUGGCAGUUUAUGCUAGAGAGGUGUUUAUUCAACAGCCGAACCGAAUGUUUGUGCGCGUCAACAUCAUCACCCCAAUGACUGUCCGAAUCCUUCUUUUUGAUCGAAGUGGUUGUUAUUAUUCGCAACCUGUCAACUAUCACUCGUCUGCUGGCGCCAUCUUCCUCGUCAAACUUGUACUGCUUGGCAGUGCAUUCGACGAAUCCUUGAUUGGAUUUGAUACGUCAAUCUAUUGGGAAAACGGUCGUCGUAAAAUGAAGCUCAUCCCGCCGCGAAUCUAUGACAACGACGCUGGCGAAUGGCGAGACAACAUCACCAAGACAGUCUAUGUCUUCGUUAUCGAUCCCAAGCCACUCUUUUCUCGUCGUACCAUUCGCUCUCGAGGAACAGUCUGUUGGCGUGCCGUUUGCAAUGGUGUUUCAUAUGUGAUCAAGGACUAUUGGCGCGGUGAUGGGCGCAUACUUGAGUCCGAAAUUCUCCAAGACCUUAGCGGAAUACCUGGCAUUGGCCAGAUGCUCUGCUUUGAGAAUGAUCGCUUCUCGAUUAAGGAACUGCGAGGCAUCCCAUCAACUGAGGCAAUGAAGCACGACUCCCCUCCUUCGUCCGAGUACCCACCGACGGUCAUUAACCGAUAUUUGAUGCGUAUCGUUGUGGUUGAAUAUGGUGCCACACUUGAUGAGGCAGUCUGUGCCCAUCAGUUCCUUUGUGCGAUUCGUGACAUUGUCAAGGGUCACCAUACAGCCACCAUAGGCUUGGAUGAAGACAAACGUGUCCUCCAAAGUGACAUCAGCCCUUUCAACAUACGUCUUGCCUACGACAGAGCAGAUCAGCACGCUGUUCUGAUUGACUGGGAUCUCGCAAAACGCAUGGCUCGCCUCAUUGCUGGGGAUUUGGCAUCUUCUUCUGACCUCAGAACAGGCACUGAAAUUUACCAUUCAGUGAGAGUGCAUAUGGGGGACGCUGAGCGCCUAAGCCAUCUUCAACCUAUGGACGACCUCGAGUCGAUCUACUAUGUCAUCAUCUACGUAUUAUGCGGCUUCGACGAGCAUGGGGAAAAAAUUGCGAAACUUCCCCCCUCAAUCCAAUCCUGGAUGGACGGCGGGAAUACACCGAAGGCGAUGGCUUUAGCCCCCAUAAAACGCUCCUUUCUUCUAUGUGACCUUGAAUUUCGCGUCACCCGGUUUCCACUCCAACAUGACAUCCUCAUGGCUGUCAUCCACCAGCUUCACCAUUUCUUCCGAACCCGAAUAACUGCAAUUGGGGCAGCAACCCGGAUAUUACAUCCAACUCCUCUGCCCCCCUACAAUGCUGAACAAGCAAAAUCGGACUAUGCUGCCUUUCUCGCGCCGAUAGAGCAGGGCAUUAUGGACUUGGAGGCUGGAGGUGUCCUUGAGCCAUAUUCACGACCUCCCCCAACGCUCAAUCAACGACAAAGCAAACGGAAGUCCAAUUCAGUUGAUGAUGUGCCCGAUGCGCCGCCCACCAAACGCGUUUCUGGUCGAACACGAUCUUCUAUUGGAACAAGUUAUGCAGAGGCAGACACUUCUGGAUCAGAGGACCAAUCUUCGAAUUCAGCGGAAGAGAACAUGCCGGAGUCGCCCUCAGCUGGACGGAGAAAAGGCAAAGGACGAGGGUGA